AUGACCGUUGCUGUGGACGACAUAAUCGUUGAUCAGAAACAGCUUUCUCAGCCAUCAAACCCUCAGACGACGGUCCCUGGCUCACAGGCACCCUCUGCACCCGAUCUAGACGCCCCAAAGAGUCAGACAAAUGGGCAUACCACGGAGACUCCUGCCAUACCCCAGGUUAACGUCAAUGGAGAGCCCGUGCGCAGUCCCCGACCAUCAGCAAAUCUCACCCGUGUAGAUGCAGAGGAUGCGAGAUGGGGCUCCAAUUUUUGGGUGACAUUAAUAGAUCCGCAGACUAGUACUGUGUUCUUCGCCUGUCCUGCUACUGGACAAGUGAGCUGGGAUCCACCAGCUGGUACGUUCGUUUUGCCUCCGAGCACAGAGGGAGAGUGGUGGGAGCUCAGCGACGAGUCUCGUGGUGGAAUCCCGUACUAUUAUCAAACCAAGACAGGCGAGACAGUCUGGGAACGUCCAGAGACUUUUGUCAUUCCCCUGACUAUCAUUCAACAAACCGCCUUGGGCCGUCGCCUUUCAAUGCGCAAAGCGAAUCCUGAAGGGCAGGAAUCCCCGACAGCAUCAGCUCGGGCUGCUUGUCGAGCUCGAACUCGAUCGCAGGUAAGUAUAAAGGAGGAACGCCAUGUGUGUCUCCGUUCCAAAGAAGAGCCCGCGUUGCCACGACACUCGUUAUCGUCAACACGGAGUUCUCCAGGCAGGAUCUCAGCUUCUGGAGCUAGCCCGGCCAAGAAGCCUCCUACCGUAAGGCGCUCGUUUACCACAGACCAAUAUGGUCAUUCAAAUUCCCCCCGUGGAUGGCCGAAUGGACAUCAUCUACCCCCUAUACCCGCAUCACCGUUCACGACGGAACCUUCUACACCAAACUCGCGAAAAUCAUCGUCGACGCCUCCUGCCAAUGUUGCGACGAACGGAAGUACACGAUCAAACUCUCGUCACAAGGAGAAGGAAAGACGUGCAACCUCGGAUAUUGAGGACAACUCCCCAUCGAGAUCGCGGGCUAAAUCAUCCUCUUAUGUACCACACCGAUCCCCCAUCCCACAGAGUCUCAAUGCUGCUGUAGAGAUGCUGUCGAUGUCUGAUCGACGGGCCGCUUCUGACAUUGGUCACGGGCCGCCGCCAUCAUCACCACCAGUUAUGGAUAAACCACGGCCGAGCACGACAGUUCACCCCAAAGAGAAAGUAACUGAGAAACGAGAAGCUCUCCAAAGUCCUUUAAAACUGGGUCCGGGCAGCAGUUUCUGGACGGCACGCAGUCCUUCGACCCCUCCCACAGUACUUGGCAAGACGAUCAGCAGCCCUGUUCCCAACAAAGAGGCAACCAAGAACAUGAGCGCCGUCAAGAACCCCGCAACCGGAAAACCAAUUCCGAUCACCAGGCAAGCUACUCGCCGACAUACCCCUACUGCUACUUUAGCAUCUGGCACAUACCCCGUCCUUCCUCACGACCUCGCAUCAGACAUCCAACAAUUCGUCGAAUCCGAUUAUGCAAGACAAUAUUUCUCGACUCAUCGUACGGGCUUCAUCUUCAGGCGCAAGGUCCCCGUUGCACAGAUGAUGACAUGGCAAAAGGCACCUCUCAGCUCCCCACUUCUCACGUUAAAUCGCUCGCUCAAGAAUGAUGCAGUGCGGAUUUUCAAGGUCAUUCAACAUAUCAUGGGCGAUCGUGAACGUGAGAAAUCGGCUGGUAUACCCGUUCAUAAUGGCUCUGCGCAUUCCCUUACUGGAGGCUCCGUCGGCCUACUAGAGGAAGAACGGUGGUUGCUCGGGGAAGGUUUAGGCUCAUGGGGAGCUAAGAGACGAGAUAUAUUGCCAGUUGAUGAAGCAGCUCAACGGGAAUCCCAAUCCUGUUUCAGGGAAAGCGUCUUCAAAGGCUGGCAGAUGCUCUGCGUGCUUCUCACUGCAUUCCCGCCUUCGAAGAAUUUCGAGACGUAUCUGCGUUCCUUUAUGCAACAGCGGACGUCUCAGCAAGAGGGCAGGGUCGACGUCAUAGCCAAGCACUGUCUCCGUCGUCUAGUUGCAAUCUCGAAGAAAGGACCACGAGGAAAGCCUCCAACCAUGGCAGAGAAUAGAGACCGCAUCGGAUGCCGCCUUCAACCCUUCCACAUUCGGGGAAUCGCUGGACGCGACGAUGCGCCUGCAAGAAGCGCAACUACCCACACGAGAAGAUACCCAUCAUUCUCCCGUUCCUUGCAGACGGCAUUCCUCGCUCUUGGGGGCACGAAAGCGGAGGGCAUCUUCCGUGUCCCUGGCGAUAGCGACUCGGUGUCAGAACUGAAGUUGCGCAUUGAUAGGGGUUAUUAUACGCUUGACAGCGUUGACGAUCCCCAUCGUGAGCUAUGCGACCCGCUAGUACCUGAAGAGAUGUACAACGACUGCAUCACACAUUCUCGUGAACCAGAGACGUGCAUUCAACUCGUCCGGCGUCUGCCCACAAUCAACAGACGGGUCGUGAUUUUCCUGAUUAGCUUCUUGCAGUUCUUUUUGGAGGAGAAGGUGCAGGCGGUGACGAAGAUGACGUCUGCGAAUUUGGCGUUGGUGAUGGCGCCGAACUUGUUGAGGUGUAAUUCGGAAUCGAUGACUGUUGUGUUCACAAAUGCUCAGUACGAACAAGUGUUCGUCUAUAAUCUUUUGAUGCAUCUCAAGUGCGAUCAAAUUGAUGCGGAAUACGUUCCCGUCCAUGGCCUGGGGGCCAGCCUACCAUCACCCCCACAACCUCGCGUUUCUAAAUCUCGCAACAGAAAACCAUGA